GGCAUCAUCUCCUGGGGGGCGGCGCGUCUGGGUCCGUGUCACCCACCCAGAGAUACCUCCUCACUGCCAGAGAGGAACCUGAGGGAGCUGAAGUGAGGAGGAUUGACAGGGAGAAGAAAUCUCUCAAUCCUCAUCAUCAUGAGGAAGAUCAGCGGCAAACACUUGUUGUGCUUCUUCCUGCUCGCCUUCUCGCUGUCCUGGGCAGAGGACACAAAGAAAGAUGUGAGGAAGACUGAGAAUGAAACAGUUUGGAGCCAAGUGAAGACCAGACGGCUGUUUGCGAGGCGAAAGAUUUCUCCACCACAGGAAAGUCACAUUCCUAAACAUAAGUCAAACCUUAUGACCCCUGCUCGUCGCUGUGGCCGCCUGAUGGAAAGCUGCUCCUCUCACAUGCCGUGCUGCGAUCCCUGCUCCUCCUGCCGCUGUCGCCUCUUUAACACUAUCUGCCACUGCUGGAGGAUGAACCCGCUGUGCUUAAAGAGGACAUAGACGAAGCACAAACACAUGUGCAGACACAGCCAGCACCUGGACAUAUAGAGCGAUAAGACAUAUUUACACAGAGAAAUGCACACACACAACACACUUCAGGCCUGUGGGUUUCCUAUGUUACAGCACAGGUUCAGUUCAGAGAAUAGUAUUACUGUUCAGCUUAAACUAGAAACAUUUGGAAAACAAAAACCAUAAUGACACAAUAAAGGUCAAAGUUCUUUCCAUUGGCUGAGGCUUCAACACUUCAGUAAUGGAAGGAGAGACGGGAAUGAAAGAGUGAAGUCUGGUUUUCUGCUUUCAGUCUACUGAGGCAUGAAUAAGAAAACACCCACAGAAAUGUUUACAGAGUAUCCAAAUACCCAACAUACAGUAAGUGUAACAAAGGACGACUGACGUGCUUUUUCAUGUAUGUAGACAAUCACAUGUAAACUGUGUUGUGCCUUAGGUAUUUCCCACACUGUUGCUGCUUUUGAAUGUCAUCAUAAUUUCUGCCCUCUGCUCUACUGCCAUGUUAAACAUGUUGGAAUCCAUAAUAACUGCAUUUACAUCAGAACAUACAUUUCUUUUUUAAAACUCACUUGCCUACAAACUAAAUGUGGAAAAAAUCAAACAAAACCAUAUUUUUAGAGUCAUCAAGAUUUUGUGUCCAAUCAUGGCUUGGAGAACAGAUAUAUUUGGGUCUUAUUACCAAUUAUAUGUAUGGACUUAUGAGUUAAAGUUAGUUUAUAUUUUUGCUAUUGAAUAAAUACAUCAUGAGCCUA